CAGCCCUUAAUUGUACUCUGGUUUUAUGCCUUACACUUUCGAACCGAGUACACUGCCUGCUCCGGAUCUUUGACCGUCACAACUUGAAACAUGUCGCGAUUACAUGUUCCUGAGGAAGGUUUCGACUUAUCCGAGAACACCCAAGCAGUUCCCUGGGACUUUCUCAAUGCACGGUGCAAAUCAUUCCACGUGGAAUUCUUGCAACUUUCUGCCGCAGGAAUGUCUUUGGAACAGGCUCAAGCGUUGAAGAACCAUGUCGUAUUGAAGAUCGACUUUGCUCAUCAGAUCGCCGGUUUCCGUGGAGUUCGAGUGUCUAUGGACGUCAAUCAGGAUCUUGCAAGCACGCCAUCUGAGGAUGGCGGGAUACCCUGGAAGCCUGGGAAAAUGCUCGUCAAGCCCGUCGUUUACAGGGGUGCAUCGAGAAGCUCUGCUAGAACGUUCGAAUUGGAGAUUUACCAGGAAUCGAACCUGCAACGUUUCCUCGAAGAAUUGCUGGUCUAUGGAAUGCAAGAAUUCUCUUUCACAAAUAUCUCCGACAGAUAUUUUGGCUGCCGAGACUUCAUGUAAGUCAAAGAAUACCGCCACAAAACCUUCUUCGAAUACUGCGGUAUUACUGGAACUAGGAGGCUAAAGUACCUUGUUUGUGUAGUUGCCAGAGCUU